AUGAUGCCUGUUACAGCCAUUAAACAGCACUUGCUUGCCUGCCCUGCAGAUGACUUACAUGACAUCCCCUUGGAGGUGCCAUCUACAUCUAGUCAGGUACAGUUUAGUCGUUACACAAUGUGUUUUGAGUGGAAGAAUGUAGGUGUUCUGAGUAUUGUAACAUCCUCAACCUAGCGGCUAAGGUAAAUGUUUCAGGUGCCGAAAUUCUAGAAUAGUUUACAUCGUAAUGAUAUUAAGAAAUUAGUGGUGUAUUAAUAAUUGAAUUAUAUUUCCAUUUUUAGUAGGAAAAUUUUUUUUUUUUCAAUGCACUUUUAUUUACAGGAUUAAUGCUUACACUACUUACAGCGCUUCUAUUAUACUUACAAAUUUACUAUGCUAUACUUCUUACACUACUUAUACUUAACACACCACUUACUUAGCAGGAUGAUCUUGAAGACCAGUGUUACUUCCAUCAAUGGCCAAUACUACCUCACAGGAUAAAUUGCCUUCUGAGAGCAAUCAAGAUUUUCUCAGGUAUUUCCACUUCAAGUUUAAAAAACAUUGUUUCCCGUACAAUUGCAAAUGUGUUGACAUCAACAAUUAAGAGAUCGACAAUUUUUUGUUUUCUCUUCAGAUAUUUGAAUGGACCAUUACAAUUUAUUUGAGUAACAUAAAAUAAUGAUUAUGUUAAAUGUUGUGACUGACCCUCAUACUACGUUAAAUGUCAAUAACGCAGUAAUUUUUAUUUUGUAAUUCAGUGAUGCAGGUUUUGAAAUCUAGCAUAACAAUCAUUACCACUUGUCUAUCAGAUGUAAAUGUUUUAAAAGUAGUAAGUCAUUCAAUCAGUCAGCCAGUAAGUGAACAAUUUAUGUAGUAAAGGUGACACUAAAUUAUAGCAAAAAAAGGUAAUAAAUAGGUGAACGAUACUGCUGCUGUUGGAUUAUGGAAUGAAGGAUAUUACUUCAUAGGUUUCCGUAAAAGUACUAAUUUUUAUCCUAGUGACAAAUGUGGCUGGUAGUUCUUCAAUGGUAUUCCUGCAGAAUAUGGAUGCCCUUACUAUUUUAAUAUUUUUUUUGUAGGAAUCUGAUGCUGUGGCUGAAUUAAGUGCACUUUUUCCAGACAAAAGUAUAGACACUAUCCGAGCAAUCUUGGCAGACAGUGGAGGAGAUAAAAGUGUGGCUGCAUCAAGGCUUAUCCAGUGGUCUGCUGGGACAUGUAAGCUACCUAUACAAGUUUAUUACUUAAAUGUGAAUAAUGGUAGAUCUCUGAACUUUACCUGUCUGUGAUGUUAUUACAACAAAGCAGAGGUCCUUGGUAUUGUGUAGUGGUAAGGUUGCGUGCAUUUUUUGCUCCAACAUAAUUAUUUUUCUGAUUACCAUGGAACCCUUCAUUGGAGACAGUUAUACUUAUCUGUUCUUUCAUUUGGUUUUGAAAUUGUUAUUUCAUUUCAUUUGAAAUAAGAGCCCUUCAUUCGAUUUAGAGGUGCAUACUUAUAACAUGACCUAAGCUUUACAGAGUCUCAUAACAGAUAAUUUACUGAACUCCCCUUUUUUGCAAUUUCUUCUGCAAGGUGCCCUAAUGAACAGUGGGGACUCAGGUAAUGAAUACUGUACAGAAGAAGACAGUGACCUCAUGCAAUCACCAUUUGAAGCACAUGUAUCCUCAAGUACUGUCAGUACCUGUACUGACCCUGUUGCACAGUACAAACAAGAAACUCUGGAUGAAAAUGGCCCACCACUGAGAAUCUAUGUAAAUCGGAUGACGGAGGAGUUCACUGCAGAUGUUUUAUCCAUUUAUAAGAAAGCCAACCCAUGUUUUCGCUCAAACCUUCGAGUGCAAUUUGAAAAUGAAAGAGCAGUUGGCGAGGGACCUGUCAGAGAGUUCUUUAGCAUAUUAAUGGGAUUUGUUCAAAAUGGUCUUUACGUGGAUGAUCCUGGGCGGCUGACUAUGUUAUUUGAGGGCCAGACUGACCACAAAAUUCCAGUCCCAAAUGCGUUACUGUGUAAUUCUGGACUGUACACUAGUGUUGGACGGAUGAUUGCACAUUCUUUCUUGCAUGGAGGACCACCACUUUAUGGACUUUCCCCAGCAGUGCUUGAAUUUUGGACUCGUGAAAGCAUCAGUGAAGCUGUUACCAUGGAGGACAUCCCAGAUUAUGACCUUCGACAAGCCUUGAAGCAGGUACUCGCAUUGAUGAUCUUGUUUUGUACAGACAUUACUUACGUAUUUCUGUGUAAUGUUUCAGCAACACGUUAGUGUUACUAACAAUAUUUAUUCUGGUUAAUUUUUGUUUGAUAUGGCACUUGUACUGUCCUGUUUAUAUUUGAAAAAAGGCACAAGUGUGUUCCAAAUAGGUGUAUACAUCUAUAAUGACACUAUAAGUUUAUAAUUUGUCGUAAGAAGCAUUUCAUUGUUCAGUCACAACACCAUAGCAAUUUAACGGUUUUGCAGUUAUCAAGUCUUGAUAAGGAUGAAGAACCCUCAGAUGCACUUAAAGAAUUCCUCUUGCCUUAUCGUGAUGAAGCGUCAGUACUUCAAGUGCCGCUAAGGGGAGAGAAACGGCACUUGGUUCUCCAGCAGAUAAUGCUGCACAAUGUGAUCGAAAAGCGCCACCGUGAACUGAAAGAUCUUGCUGCAGGAAUGAAUGAGCUUUCCCUUGUCAAUUACCUAAAGGCACACAAGGAAAUGGCCGCAGCCGUGUUUCCCAGGGAAUGCGAGUCAGUAAUUGACAAAGAAGAACUCAAGGGUAGGAUUUCCAUCGAGGAUGAAAACAACCCCCAAGGGCAAGUUAUCAUGGGAUUCUUGCAUCGCUUCAUCGAUGAAGUUAGCAGAGAAGCAGAAGGUAAGUGAUUACCUCAGCUAUGUCUACUAUACGUUUUCUAUUCUUCUUCCAGUACCUCUUCUUUCCCCAGUGAAUUUAAGCCAUUUAUCCUUGAGCAUUUCAUUCCUCAAACACUGUAUGGGGGAUAGAUAAUUCCACUAGCAGGAUUUUCAUUGCUCGAUGUAAUUUCAGUUGUAGGGUAACAGUGAUUAGCCACCUCGUGUCUUUACUGCUAAAGAAAAGUAAACAUUCCGAGCAUGUAAAAGUGAAAGCAUUGAAAAGUUAUAUUUGCCAUUACGAAUAUUGUUGCCUAGGAGGAAUUUCAUGUUCAGAUGCUUUAUAGUGAUGCCUUUGUUAUGUUUUCUCAUUGCAGCUGGUUCUGGUCUGCGUGAUCUACUGUCGUUUUGGACAGGAUGGGAGGUUUUGCCACCAUAUGGACAGCAACUUUGGCUACAGCUGGAUGACACACGGGAAGUAACAAGCCUGCCUGAAAGUAAAGCUUGUUUUCACAGGCUUGUUCUUCAGUCAUCGCAUACUGACUACGUCUCUUUCAAGAGUAACCUUGCUAAAGCAUUAAAAUAUGGUGCAAGGGGCUAUUCAUCUCUUUAA